GUUUCAAUAGUGAAAAAUAAUGGCUGUGUUCAUGAACACCCCCACAUUCAUAGCAUUGGUUGAGCCAAUUAAUCGAGAUAAUGCUCAAAGAGAGAUGUUUUGUGCCUCAGUCUUUUCACUUUUUACACUGUUGCAAUGUAUGACUGUGGUUUUCAGAAAGUAUACAAAAAAAUACUUUACGACCUCUAUUUAUUUUAUCUUUUAUUUUUUUGUGUGUGCAAAUUUGCGUUGGACUCUGUUCCCCACUAAUCAGUCAUUUGACUUUUUUAUUACGCAGCGGAGCAAAGCAAACAUGAGAGAUAUAAUAAAGGUGCCAUGGCAGCUUUUGUAUGUCCUGGAGGAAGGUUCUUCCUUUGCAUGAACUAGAGCUAUUAUUCAUAGUGAUGUGCUUGACUUCCCCUUAUUUUAGGUUAAUGCCUCUCGUGUCAUUAGUCCAGCUCACAUAAUUGUUUAUCUUGACUUUCUGUGAGAAACGGGAAAUGGAUGUGAUAUGGAGCAGAUAACUAAUUUUAAUUGCUAAUGUAUCAUUGUCAUAUUCUGUAUAAUGAGUGUUUUGGUCAGCUGCAUAAUGUGAUAUUUACCUGAAAUAUCAACUUAUAUCUACGGCUCUGUUCCAAAACAUAGUGAGAUGUCUUGCAGUCUACUGUCUUCAUAGGAAGCUGCGUUUUAAAUAAUUAUCACUGAAAUAAAGCAUAGCGUGAAGCCUACAGGAGAAUUGACUAAAAAUUGAUUUCAAAAACAUUUGAGCAAGUUGCAAAGCUGAACAGUUUAAUAUAUUAUAUAUUAAUACUAUUAUAAACUUUUUUUUUAUAGAUACAUAUAUGAAUUAAAUGGAUAAUUAUUUAUUUUUCUUUUUAUAAUAUGUAUGUUUGUAAUUGAUAUUUCUCUCACUUUGUUGCUAUGAUUGAUGGACUUUUUCACAAAACGAAAUGCAUUCUGGGAUUGCCUUGGAAUGUAGGCAAACAUAUAUAUUUUGCAUCAAGAAUGCACAUAACAAUGCAACCAGAAAACCUCACUAGAGAAAUCUUGAAGACUUGUGUGAUGGCUUUAGGCCGACCACAGUCUUCAUUUUGACUGUGUAUGCAAAAGUUGCAUGGUUUUAAUAACUACUACAUCUGCUUAAAGCCAAAAAACCUCUCUUCCAUGACAUCAAGUGAUAACAUCCAAAACUUCUGCUAAUAUGAACAAUGAUGUGCAGGCCUAUCACAGCUCCCCCAGAAAGCCUUAUGCCAGUCUAUCUGUUCACAUCUCUUGAUCCCAUAGUAUGCUUAGGGUCCCCGCCCUUUAGACUCUUUAUUUCUGUACAGCCCGAGUGGGGAUGUCACUGAUAGCGCUGGCUUAAUAUUUAGCCAUUGUGCUCUCAGGACUAGAGAACUUAGGCAGUAACAGGAAAUGGUGUAGAUUCAGAAGCUGCUCUGUGCUGUUAAGUUGGACGAACUGGAGAUGGAGUCUAGAACAUUACUGAUGAGAAGGCAGGGCCCUAAGAGUGAUGACACUGACGUCUCUGGGCAGAUCACACCCACAACCCUCUCACCUCUCGCCCGACUGUACAUUUACGCCCUUCACGGCUGUCUCUGUGAGGUGGCGUUCACCGCAGCCUGGGAUUGGUACUACACCCACGACCACAGACUCGCAGGUCACACAAGCCUAUGGGCACUCCUUAUUUACAGCUCUGCCAUCUUCUUCAUGGAGGGCCUAAGUGCAAGACUGCAGCAGAAACACUGCCCCCUACCAGUCAGGCUGACUGUCUACACUCUCUUCAUCUAUAUGUGGGAGUUUACCUGGGGUUUUCUGCUCAGGCUGUUCGGGGCCUGUCCUUGGGACUAUUCAGAAUUCAGGUAUAACUUAAUAGGCCUGGUGACGCUCGAAUAUGCCGUUCCCUGGGCGUUGGCGGCACUUAUAGCUGAAAAACAUGUGAUCAGGAACACUUUGAAGAUACGGCUAGAUAAGUAGUCAAUAUAAACAGAUAAUAACUGUUUAACAGAACAUGGUAAAAAUCUAUGCUUUUGUAUUGGGAUAGAGUGUUAGGUAGGCCUGAUAAAUGCUACAAUGCUAAUAAAACAGUCGGGUUUCAGAAAUAAAAACCACAUUCAUUUUCUCCAUUGAAAAAUUGAUUAUUAAUGAACUUAUUAAUUUUUAAAAGACAGACCUUCUGUGAGUUACAAGGUUGUUAAUCAGUGGUGUAUUAUUUUGUUGAAGCCAUCAGUCCUCAUUUGUUUGUUUUAAUAUUCCUGUUUAACUGCAACAUUCCUGGCAAAAACUACAUAAACCAUGAUUGUGCAAAGAAAUCACUAUCAAUCAGAGAACAGAAGCAAGCAAAUCCCACCCACUCCUGUGAAACACUGUAAAAAACAUUACCUACAUAAAUAUUUGUAUAUAUUAUGCAUUAUAUAUAUAUAUAUAUAUAUAUAUUAUAUAUUUAUUUUGAAACAUGCAUAAAAUGUUGUUUUGAAUACACAAUAGGCAUUCUUAAAAUAAUAGUUUUAUAUAAAGAUAGAUAUAGAUAUAUAUCCGUCAUUUUUCAUUUAAUUAUAUCAUUUGCAGUGCUUCAUGGGAUUGUCUCUCUUGUGAUGUUGUGAUUCACCUUGUAGCUGUAGCUGGUUGCUUUGACUUGCAACUGUUUUACAAAGAUGUUUUUUUUUUUUUUUUAAAUCCCUAUGGGAAAAAUGAAUGGAAAAUUUACUUCCAAAACCAAGGUUGAUGAAAAAGCUCCGUUUUGCAAAAGUGAAGAUGAAACUCAGCUUAAAUGUCAGGAAAACAUUUCGGUAGAUUGCACAUAACAAUAACAAUAACAAUAACAAUAACAGAAAAACAGUUUAUAUGUUUAAUAACUGCUAAUACAGGCAAAAAUGGUUGGGACAAAACCAAAAUUCUGGCUUUGGUACAAAAUUCAGCCUUACACAAGUGUUGGAGUAAAUUUGUCAGGUCUACAGGUUUGCCCUUUCUGUUUGCUCUGUUUGUUAUACCAUGUUUCACUUCUACAGCCCUGCUUUUCAAUGAAUUGAGGGCAGUGAACCGCAUCUCACAUGUUUACCUCCAUUUCUAUCACAGUGUGGCCAAAUAUACUAGCUAGCUUUAACCACACAUUACCUAACACUACCUUAGCUUUUAUACUUUAUAAAACUGCUGAGUAGCAGCACAUUGUAGUCAGGCACCAAAAUUGGACAGCACCAUACCAUUUUACAUUUUGAUACCUAGAGUACCAACACUGUAGCCAGUCAGUUAUGUAUGACAGUUUUAUGAAAUUAAUUUAUAAUUGAUGGAAUAGGAAAGAUAUUAUGCAUUAAAUUAAAUCAAGCAACAGUACUAAUUAUGAUGCAGACUUACCAUUACAUUAAUUGUAUUUAAAAACCUUUUCAAGAUAUUUAUUUUUAUUUUUAUUUUUUUUUA